AUGACCGGCCGACUCUUCUUUCUGCUUUCACUCUCAGGGUGUGUGAUUUGUGAGCGUCACUGCAGGUAUCAGGAUGUUUUGGAUUACCUGAACCUGUCCAUGACCAAUGAGCUCUACCAGAUGACACGCCCGGUCAAUAACUACAAACAACCGACAAAAGUCUAUGUGGAACUUGUGCUGUACGCAAUCCUGGAUGUGGUUGAAAAAGAGCAGAAGUUCAUCCCUUACGUUUGGAUGGUCAUGACAUGGCACAAUGACUUCAUUUCCUGGGAUCCACGUGAAUUCUGCGGAAUCAAUAACAUUUCUCUUCCUGCCGACUACAUGUGGAAACCUGAUCUCACCAUUGAGGAAAUGACAGAGAGGGAUAGAGCUCCUCCCAGUCCUUAUCUGAGCAUCAAUGACAAAGGAGCUGUGGAGGUCCAGAACGACCAGGUGCUGGUCAGCACCUGCAGGAUGCACAUUUACAAAUUCCCCUUUGACAUUCAGAGCUGCAACCUGUCUAUCAAGUCCGUCAUCCAUACAAUCAGAGACAUUCGCCUCUACGCCGUCGACAACUCUUCAGAAGCUACAGAGUGGUCUCGAGAGGUAAUGCGGACUCAGUACGAAUGGUUGUUCAUCAACAUGACGGUGACGAGUCACAACACCAGCGACUUCACAAGCCAAGACGUCAUUAUUUACACUAUCAACAUGAAGCGGAGGUCCAUCCUUUACAUUGUCAACUUCCUGCUGCCCGUCCUCUUCUUCUUGUGCCUGGACUUGUCCUCCUUCCUGAUCUCCGACGACGGUGGCGAGAAGCUGAGCUUCAAGGUCACAGUGCUGCUCGCCGUUACGGUAUUGCAGUUGAUCCUGAACGAAAUCCUGCCCGCCUCAUCCAACAGGAUUCCUCUUAUAGCUGUCUACUGCAUCGGUAUCUUCGGCUUCAUGAUGCUGAGCCUCCUGGAGACCAUUCUGGUCAUGCACCUGAUGCAGAAGGACAGUAAGUCUGACCAGAGUCUGAGCGAGGACGGGCACAAACCUACCAAUUUUCAUGAUGACAACAGCGCUUUGGGAAAGCUCUCCCAAGAGCUGAGGGAAAUGGAGCGAACAUUGACCAGGCUGCUCAACAAUAGGAAGGAUGGAGAGAAGCAUGGCUACUGGACACAACUCGCAUUCAGAGUUAAUAAAGGCUUUUUUAUUUUCUAUGUCACACUUGUUAGCUUGUUUUUGGUAGUGCUCUUUUCCAAAUGGAUCAUGGAUUAG